GGAUCGGCCAACCUCGACAUGCGCAGAAGCCUCUCCCGCGGCAGCGGCGGCGGCGGCGGCGUCUCCAGAGCCGGAAGGUAAACGACCUCGGCUGCCCGCGGCCCGACGCCUCCCGGGUUAUGUCGGCCCAGGGUGACUGCGAGUUCCUGGUGCAGCGAGCCCGGGAGCUGGUGCAGCAGGACCUGUGGGCAGCCAAGGCUUGGCUGAUCACAGCCCGCAGCCUCUACCCCACCGACUUUAACAUCCAGUACGAGAUGUACACCAUCGAGCGGAACGCCGAGAGGACCGCCACCGCGGGGAGACUGCUGUACGACAUGUUUGUGAAUUUCCCAGAUCAGCCGGUGGUGUGGAGAGAAAUCAGCAUUAUUACUUCAGCAUUAAGGAACGACUCACAGGAUAAACAAACCCAAUUUUUAAGAAGUUUGUUUGAAACUCUCCCUGGUCGGGUCCAGUGCGAAAUGUUACUAAAGGUUACGGAACAAUGCUUCAACACAUUGGAACGAUCGGAAAUGUUGCUUCUACUUUUGAGACGCUUCCCUGAGACAGUGGUACAGCAUGGGGUUGGCCUUGGGGAAGCAUUAUUAGAGGCUGAAACUAUUGAAGAGCAAGAAUCUCCAGUUAACUGCUUUAGAAAAUUAUUUGUUUGCGAUGUCCUUCCUCUAAUAAUUAACAACCAUGAUGUCCGAUUGCCUGCCAAUUUAUUAUAUAAGUACUUGAACAAAGCAGCUGAAUUUUAUAUCAAUUAUGUCACUAGAUCUACUCAAAUAGAGAGUCAGCAUCAAGGUGCCCAAGAAGCAGCCGAUUUAAUGUCACCCAGCAAACGGAGCUCUCAGAAGUACAUAAUAGAAGGGCUGACUGAAAAAUCAUCCCAGAUUGUGGACCCUUGGGAGAGGUUGUUUAAGACUUUAAAUGUGGUCGGAAUGAGAUGUGAAUGGCAGAUGGAUAAAGGAAGACGAAGCUAUGGUGAUAUUUUGCACAGAAUGAAAGAUCUUUGCAGGUACAUGAACAACUUUGAUAAUGAAGCUCAUGCAAAAUAUAAAAACCAAGUGGUUUAUUCCACUAUGCUGGUCUUCUUCAAGAAUGCGUUCCAGUAUGUCAACAGCAUACAACCAUCUCUAUUCCAAGGUCCUAAUGCCCCAAGCCAAGUUCCACUGGUUCUUCUUGAGGAUGUAUCAAAUGUGUAUGGUGAUGUAGAAAUUGAUCGUAACAAACAUAUACAUAAAAAGAGGAAACUAGCUGAGGGAAGAGAAAAAACCAUGCAGAGUUCAGACGAUGAAGAUUGUUCUGCAAAAGGGAGAAAUCGUCACAUCGUAGUCAAUAAAGCGGAGCUUGCUAACUCCAUUGAAGUGCUCGAGAGCUUUAAGCUAGCCAGGGAGAGCUGGGAGUUGCUCUACUCCCUAGAAUUCCUUGACAAGGAAUUUACAAGAAUUUGUUUGGCAUGGAAGACAGAUACUUGGCUUUGGUUAAGAAUCUUCCUCACUGACAUGAUCAUCUAUCAGGGUCAAUAUAAAAAAGCAAUAGCGAGCCUGCACCAUCUCGCAGCUCUCCAGGGAUCGCUUCCGCAGCCGCAGAUCACGGGACAGGGGACCCUGGAACAUCAGAGGGCGCUCAUCCAGCUCGCAACCUGCCACUUUGCUCUGGGGGAGUACAGAAUGACAUGUGAAAAAGUCCUUGAUUUGAUGUGCUACAUGGUACUCCCCAUUCAAGAUGGAGGCAAAUCACAGGAAGAACCCUCAAAAAUAAAGCCCAAAUUUAGAAAAGGCUCCGAUCUGAAGUUGCUGCCUUGUACCAGCAAGGCCCUCAUGCCCUACUGCCUGCAUCUGAUGCUGGCUUGCUUUAAGCUCCGGGCUUUCACCGACAGCAGGGACGACAUGGCGCUGGGCCACGUGAUCGUCUUGCUUCAGCAAGAGUGGCCGCGGGGAGAGAAUCUUUUCUUGAAAGCUGUCAAUAAGAUUUGCCAACAAGGAAACUUCCAAUACGAGAACUUUUUCAACUAUGUUACAAAUAUCGAUAUGCUGGAGGAAUUCGCCUACUUAAGAACUCAGGAAGGUGGGAAAAUUCAUCUGGAAUUACUGCCCAAUCAAGGGAUGCUGAUCAAGCCUUCUAGUCCUCCCAUGGGGUUACUGCAGCAGGAAUUCUUACCUGUGCUUCAGCCCAGCAUACAGACUGCUGACAGGCACCACACAGUCACUCGGGGCAUCACCAAGGGUGUGAAGGAGGACUUCCGCCUGGCCAUGGAGCGCCAGGUGUCACGCUGUGGCGAGAACUUGAUGGUCGUGCUGCACAGGUUCUGCAUCAACGAGAAGAUCUUGCUCCUCCAGACUCUAGCCUGACCGGGGAACCCUUUCCACCAGAGGAAGCCGUGGGAUUUUUUGUGAAGACAUAAAGCAUUCGUGAAUGUUGCCGUUACAACUCUUAGAAAGAAGAAAACCUGAGUUCAACUCCUUGGUUGCUUAAAAAUAGUUCCCAAGAGUCUGAGAAGCUAUCUCUAUUUUUCAGAGUCAUUUUUUGUAAUUUUUGUAAAACAAAAGAACCUGUUUUGUAAAUAAAAAUCAUCCUAAAUUUGGGGCUUUUAAGAA